AUGGUUGAUAACAAGGUGGCGGAGGCUAAAUUUGAGGAGGCUCCAACGUGGGUUUGUUGGGACAUUGAGCACUGUCCAGUUCCCAAAGGUUGUCAAGCUCAGGAGAUUUUUCAGAAGAUAAGCUUGGCACUGAGUAACUUAAACUACAGUGGUCCAAUCUCCAUCUCUGCAUAUGGCAACAUGGAUCACAUCGCUCCUUCCGUCAAGGAAGCUCUCUCUUCCACUGGAAUUGUUCUUAAUCACGUCGUUCUCAACUCCAGUUAA